AUGGAAUUGGACGAAUGUUUAGAAAGGCUGUACAAAGCUCAGCUGUUGCCUGAGGUGACUGUGAGGGCACUUUGCUUUAAGUUGAAAGAGAUGCUGGUGAAGGAGUCUAACGUGAUUCAUAUCCAGACACCUGUCACAGUGGUUGGGGAUAUGCAUGGACAGUUCCACGACAUGUUGGAGAUCUUCCAGAUAGGCGGACCUGUUCCUGACACGAACUAUUUGUUCUUGGGAGAUUACGUGGAUAGAGGUUUGUACAGCGUGGAAACAAUUAUGUUGUUAAUUGUUUUGAAGCUUCGAUAUCCUAGUAGAAUUCAUCUUUUGAGAGGAAAUCACGAGUCGCGUCAAAUUACACAGAGCUAUGGAUUCUACACGGAGUGUUUAAACAAGUACGGUGGUGAUUCAAGAGUUUGGCAAUAUUUGACAGAUAUAUUUGACUAUCUAGUGCUGUGUUGUAUUAUUGACGAUGAAAUUUUUUGUGUUCAUGGUGGGUUGUCGCCCAAUGUUCAAACGAUAGAUCAAAUCAAAAUUAUUGAUAGAUUUCGAGAAAUCCCGCAUGAUGGUGCCAUGGCUGACUUAGUUUGGUCUGAUCCGGAAGAAAAUAACAACCCUAUGUUAAAUCAUCCAGAUAAUUCUGGGCAACAUUUUCAAGUAUCACCUCGUGGAGCAGGUUACACCUUUGGUAGAAGCGUGGUGGAGAAAUUCUUACGUAUGAAUGAUAUGAACAGGAUAUACAGGGCUCAUCAGCUGUGUAAUGAAGGUUACCAGAUAUACUUUGAUGGUUUGGUUACCACCGUAUGGUCAGCGCCCAAUUAUUGUUACCGAUGCGGAAAUAAGGCCUCUAUUUUGGAGCUAUAUAGCAAAGAUCAAUUCUACUUCAAUGUGUUCGAAGAGGCUCCUGAAAAUAAACUGUUGAAAGAGAACAGUCUCAACGAUACUUCCUCGGAAGAUAACAUUGCCAACCCGAUGGUCAACAGGAAAUUAAUUGCUGAUUAUUUCGAAGACGAGUCCGCCUCCACCGAUGGCUCCUCAGAUCCAGAAAUGUAUAUGUUUUCGGACGUAUACCAAGCCAGAUCUGCUUCUAGUAGACAUGUUGAUUACUUUUUAUAG